CCACUCCAAACCAAUUAAAAUAAUUUGAGUUACAACUCAAAACUCUCUUACAAAAACAACACAAUUCACAACAUAAACAUUAAUCCUUAUUUUUCCUAUUAUACCCCUUAACUCUCUUUCUCUCAUUCUUGUCAACUUCACCCACUUUACACCUACGCUCCUCCCUCUCUUUCUCUCUUAUAUUUUCUCAAAAGAAGAAGAAUGGCGGACAAAAAGGUGAAUCCGAUUGGCAACGCAUUGGGUCUGCUUCGUAUUCGGGUUAAACGUGGUAUUAAUCUCGCUGUUCGUGAUAUUAGCAGCAGUGAUCCGUAUGUUAUCGUUCGUCUUGGUAAACAGAAACUCAAGACUUGUAUCAUUAGGAAGUCUCUUAAUCCGGAGUGGAAUGAAGAUUUAACUCUCUGUGUUACGGACCCAAAUGAACCAAUUAAACUUUUUGUUUACGAUCAUGACACAUUUUCCCUGGAUGACAAAAUGGGAGACGCAGAGUUCGAUAUCAGUCCAUUUUUAGAGGCAGUAAAGUUGAAUCUCGAAGAUGUUCCAGAUAGAACUGUUAUCAAGAAAGUGAUACCAGACAGGAAAAACUGCUUGGUAGAGGAGAGCUCCAUUGUCUGGAAAGAUGGCAAAGUUACUCAAAACAUGUUCCUUAGACUUCGAAAUGUCGAAUGUGGUGAAAUUGAGCUCCAGUUGCAUUGGAUUGAUCUUCCUAGUACUCGAUCUCUGUAAUACCCGUAAUCUGAUCUAGUCCCGGUGGUCUUUUUGUAUAUAUAAAGUGAAAUGCCUUAUUGCCUUAGCAUGUUGGGUAAUUGAAUCUCAUGUAUGAGAAUGUUAUGAAUCUAAGUACUAUAAUCUAUAUUUAGCUGAUAAGUUUUGUAUGUAAUCAAGAAUUUUGAAAUUAAGUGAUAAGUUAUAAAAUUAGAACAAUUAGUGAAUUUUGAUGCUCA